UCUUUCCAUAUUCUGCAAUUACUGUACUCCCGGAGUCGCUAAAUUUGUAUUCUCGGAGCGCCGGGACUCCGGAGAAUUGGGAGACAGAUGGGCCUAUGAAUUGGGCCUAUCUUUGGCCCAAUACCGUAAUUCUUAAAUUCGCUUCCUUCGUCUUCAAUGGGGGAUGAAAAUAAGGGAAGUCGACGAGACGAUCCUUCGUUUACUUCUCCCGUGACUCCACCUCAGGUAAUCCUUUUUCUUUGCAUAAAUAUGUCACCACAAUCUGACUUCUAUUUGUUUAUGAGGUCUUCGAGCAUUUGUAGCUUCUCAAGAAUUCUUAUGUGAAGAGACAUGCCGCACAAAACUCGACCAAUGACUGCUUUGUUGAUCUUCACUGGUCUGAAUGCAGUUUUGGUUCAAACCAUAGGACCUGUUUAUGAUUUUGUUUGCUUCCUUCCGUACUGGGAGAGAAGGAGAGAACGCCGGCGCCUUGAACGAGAAUCUACCUCUACCAGGGAUUUGGGAUCAUCAUAAAAUUACCAAAUCUCGACAAAUUUUGACCUUACUUGAUUGCAAGUUUAGGAAUAACUUUACACUAUUGUGUUUGGCGUAGCUUGUCAAAAAAUGAAGGGUUUUGGAUAUACAUGUUGCCCUCUCGAGUAGCUACAUUGGUCUGUAAUUUAACAUUUACACUGUCCAUCGACAUAGGGCAUCAACUUAUAUCUUAUGACCAUCACUAAUGGUUACAGUUUUUUUCUA